AUGCCGUUUGAUCGCUACGACCUGGCGGACACCGCGAAUAUCAACGAGCUCGUCCUCCGACACGGCACCAUGAAGACGUCUGAUCUCAAAACUACUCGGCACCCAGUUCUCUACCAGCGAGUGGGGAGGGCGCACGAUUGUUCCUCCUCGCCUUUCAUGCUAGACCGCUACCUUUCCAACCUGGUGCGCGCGCUUGUCCACCCCUUGCACAACUAUCUCCAGUGUCACCACAGCCUGCACAAUGCAGACGAAGUGCAGGUGAUGCUCAUGCCAAAGGAUGGACCAAUAGCACUUGCCGACAGGACAGCCACGCCGCCCCGCUUCUCAUCGUACCCUGGAGGCAGCAGCGCUCUCCGGCGCUGCUACGUUGCCACAAACAACGAAACGCUCACACAAGAGAACCUCCAGGCAGCCGUUGCUGACUGGGGCGUCGCAGCGGUGUUUCAGAUUGGUGAGUUCGUACUGGUCACUGGCAAAAAGGGUUGCCACGCGGAGCAGAAGCUUCUCGACCACUUAGAAACGCAAGUACUCUCCCACACCGCCCCCUCGGCUCUUCCGUCGGCGGACCAGAAGGCCCUCAUCGUUGGCGAGCGACUCCCGUGCGUUGCGUGCCGACUCUUCGCGAUCCAAUUCGAAUCCGUGGCGGUGCUGCUUCCGUCCCACGGGCACUUUUACCCCUCCGCUGCCCCCGCCGGCAAGGGCGCGCCUGCGGGCGCCGGCACCCCGGGGGAAGCCGCGGCGCUGCUGCUUGCGCCAGGAUGCCGGAGGGUGCUCCGCUAG